AUGGCGCAGCGUCAAGAUAAAGUUGGACGACUUUCUAUGAAGGCUUUGAGCGACAUUGCUACCAAAACAGAAAAUAAUAGAGACAAAUCAGUGGAGAAGACAAGAGAGGAAAACAAAGGAAAAUUAAAAGAUGACCUCACAAAACGCAAGGCUAAAAGACCAACUCGAGAAGUAUACCGGCCCGGUAUAUCUCGUCUCAGUCGACGUCCAGAUGACAGAGGAGAGGAGAGGUUCAAGAAAUCAACAUCAGGCACUGAUGGUCUUACUUCUGAUGAUGAGAGUUAUCGUGACAGCAAAGAGAGCAGCAUGGAAAAAGAGAUGGAAGGCAUCAUGGGAAGCAUGAGUUCUUUGUAUAUACGAGGAUCCAAUUCCUUACCCCGUCGAGGAAGCCAACCUCUUUACCCUGACCCCCGAAAAACUUCUACACUAACUUAUAAAAAGCCAGAAAUUCCAAGGUAUAUUCCCCGUGCAAAAUUAUUGGAACAAAGUUACAAAACUGAGGAUAAAAGUCCUGAUAUUGAACACAAAGAUUUGCUCUCGCCAUCAGGAUUCAAUAGGAAAGUUGACAUAAAGUCAGACUUGAAAAAAAUGGUGGUCACAGUAGUAAAUGACCAAGCUGGGAUAGUCAGUGGUCAAUCACGAAGGAACCACCCACAGACUUUGAACUUGCAGUUCACAGAAAAAUCUGAUCGUUACUAUCGAAAUGAAGAUGGAUUUCGAUCGCCAAAACAUCGAGGAUCUAUAGAUUUUUCCCGUGAUGAUGAAUGUGAAACUCCAACAAGUCCUGGCUCAAGGAUAUACCGAUAUAAAUUUGAAGGGAUUAGAAAAGGUACAGAUAUGUCUAGGGAUGAUGAUUGUGAUUCUGUAUCCAGUCAGAAUCAACGUCAAUCUAAACGCCGUUCAUACACAAAGUCAAAGCAUUACACAUCCCAUUACCGACGACAAAGGACGGGCAGCAUAAGUAGUGAGUUUAGUGCAGCAAGUGAUGCCAGUGUGGAUGACACAAAUGGAGGCCAUACAUAUGACUGGGAUGAAGAAGUUGAGCGAGAGAUGUCAAAAUCAGUGCACGAAGAAUUGAGAGAGGAGACGCAAAAGUUACAGCAGAUGACUGAAAAGAUGGAGAAUAUGGAUUACCUGGAAACUGGAACCCAUCCCAAACUGUCUGUUCCUUCAAGCUACCGAAGUAGAGCUGAAAGCUCUGGGAGCAAUUACAGUGAACAACCACAAGGACGAAGUCGGAAACGUGACAGACGAAAAAGCUCAAAACCAAAAACAGAAAGCAGAGAUUCAAGCCUUCAAAGCAAUCCAUCUAAAGAUCAAAUAUCAAGUCAUAGUGGGGAUGGCCCACGUAGAGGUAAAGGCCGUGGACGCUUAACCUAUUUUCACAUAAGCUGCCUGAAUAGAGAUUUAAUUCUUUCUGAGAAAUUCUUUUGUAGCCUCUCCAGUUGUAUCUAUCUUCUGUUGUUUAACUUUUUUACCAAAUUCAUUCCCUUAUUUGUAUAA